AUGGCGGAUGACAAUAACAUGCCACCGCUAUCAACGUACUUGUCGCGGCUUUGCGGCCUUGCGUUCCCUCGCACACAUCGGUCGCCGUCAAUUUACAACAAGAACAUCACGCUGGUAAUGGGCAAUCCCUCCGCGGACCUCGAUAGUUUCGUGUCUGCGGUCGUACUCUCGUACUUCUACAACCAUAGUCGCCGCGCAGGCAAGCAGUUUUCGGAGUCUACGACCUAUGUGCCGAUAUUGAAUUUGCCGGCGGUCAAGUCUUCGGAUCUGUGGCGCCAGAGGCCAGAAUUUGCGGUUGCGUUGAAAGCCGCGUUGGGGGAGCCGAUAUACGAAGAUCCUUCGAAUGGAAAGCCUGGUGACGUGCAAGGAGGAGAUAGUGGCAAGGUCGAAACGCUCGAGCGGGUGAUCACCAUCGCGGACGUCUUGGAUGAUGAUACUAGUGUACUGCAUGAUCCUUUCGUUUCUUCUUCUUCCUCUUCUUCGACUUCUACGUCGACUUCUCCGCCUCAUCCUUCGCACGCAAAACAGGAUCUGCUCCUCGUUGAUCACAACUCGCCGUCCAUUGCGGGCCUCAACGCCGACGCCAUCAACUCCCGGUUCAACGUCGUUGGAUGCAUCGACCACCACGUGGACGAGUACUACAUACCCGCCAGCGCGGACCCAAGGAUCGUCACCACAGGGAUCGGCAGCUGUACCAGCCUUGUGGUCAGCCAUCUCAGGGAGCAGGGAUUGUGGGCGGAACACAGCGCAGAUCCUAGAAUAAGUGAUGGAUUAAAUCAAAUCACUAGACUCGCUCUGGCGCCUAUUCUAAUCGACACGUCGAAUCUACGGGCCACGGGCGACAAGUGCUCGGACACGGACCGCGAGGCCGUCCGGUUUCUCGAGUCGGUUCUUGUUUCCACUGUGGAGGAGGGAAAUAAUGGCGAUGGACCGCUGGACCUAAACUCGGCGCAGCAGCAGCGAACGCAAUGGGACCGCACGGCCUCAUACAAUGCAAUCUCAUCCGCGAAGAGCAACUCUCUGUCCUUGCUCACGACGCAGGAAGCCUUUGAUCGCGACUAUAAAGCGUGGGUCGAACCCAUGACGAUGAAUUCAUGGGCAGGAACAACGGAUGAGAAUCAGAGACGCGCAAAGAUCUACAUCAACAUCGGGAUAACCUCACUGGUGAAGCCGCUCUCCUGGCUCGUACGACAUGCCGGCGAUGUAACCGCGUUCGUGAACGAGAUCGAGACGUUCACGCAAAGCCCACACCGGGAUCUAGUCGUGUUCGGGAUGUUGACGCGAACGGGUGACGGGAGGAAGGAGGUCGUGCUGCUUGCUACUGAUGGCCGUGCUAAAGGGGUGGCGGAUGAGUUCGGAAAGACCGCGAGUGAGGAGCUACAAUUGGGGGCGUGGGAGGGAGAAGGUGAUGGGGAGAGGGAGGAAUUGCUGAGCGAGUUGGCCAAGAGGUUUGUCGCCGUUAAGGUGUGGUAUAUCGGUGAUACGAGUAAGAGUCGAAAGCAGGUUGCGCCGCUGCUUAGGGGUGUUGUUCGGGGUCUAAGAAGCGAUGUGCACGGGGAAGAAAUGGCCUUGCGGUCUGCAUGA